UUUAUCCACUUCCUUUUACGUUAAAAUAUCUUCAAAUCCCAUCGCACGUCACUGUCUUGACCGGAUGAGCGUAAGCGGCUCGAGGAAAGCUCCAAGAGGCAUAUUGUUCCUCAUUUCCACUGUCCACUGCAAGCUCACUAAUAAUGGAAAGAACAUUGAGGUUAGUGUUCAUGUCUUCAUUUUGCUUGAUUUUCCUUGCAAUUCCCGCUUUAGCAGCUGCAUUGCCAAGACAGAAGCUCAUCCAAGAUGAAGUGGAAGCACUGGAAGAGAUAGGGAGAAAGUUGGGGAAGAGAGAUUGGGAUUUCAGCAAGGAUCCCUGUGGUGGAGAAGGGAAUUGGACUGCCAAUGAUGGAUUAGGCGUUGAGAAUUUUGUCACUUGCGAUUGCUCUUUCGAUCACAAUACUACUUGCCGUGUUGUUAGAAUGUCAUUGGAUGGACAGAAUCUAACAGGAGUAGUUCCACCGGAAUUUACCAGGCUUCGCUACCUUAAAAGUUUGGAUCUUAGUCGCAAUUGCCUAAGCGGCUCUAUACCUCUUCAGUGGGAAAAUAUGAGCUUGGCUGAACUGUUUUUAAUGGCCAACAGAUUGUCUGGUCCAUUUCCAGUUGUCAUUACCAGAAUUACCACUCUCGUAAACCUGAGUCUUGAAGGGAACCAAUUUUAUGGGCCCAUUCCUUCGGAAAUUGGACGCUUAGUCAAUGUGCAGAGACUUGCUCUAUCAUCAAAUGCAUUUACAGGAAACCUACCCCUCGGAUUAGCCAGGAUGACAAAGCUAGUUGAUUUGUGGCUAAGUGACAACAACUUCACAGGAAAGAUACCAGAUUUUAUCAGUCACUGGAAGCAUAUUGAAAAAAUAUUCAUGAUAGGUUGCUCCCUUCAGGGACCAAUCCCUUCUUCUAUUUCUACUCUUACAAACUUAACCGACUUGAGGAUCACUGAUUUGAGAGGUGAACAGUCUCCUUUUCCUCUCAUAAGAAAUAUGAAGUCCAUCACAGUGCUGAUACUGCGAAACUGCUUAAUACGGGGUGAGAUCCCUGAGUUUCUGGGAAACAUGGCAACGUUGAAGACUUUGGACCUUAGUUUUAAUAAUUUGACCGGGGUUAUUCCAGCGUCGUUCGAGCAUCUUGCAAAAGUUGAUUUUAUGUAUUUGACUGGAAAUAGACUUACCGGACAAGUUCCUAAGUGGAUUUUAUCACGAAACAAAGACGUAGACUUUUCUUUUAACAAUUUCACAUUGGACAACUCUUCGCCGACUGAAUGCCCACGAGGGAGUGUAAACCUUGUCGAGAGCUACUCCUCAGCAGCUACUCAGUUUGGUGGAGUUCAAUCAUGCUUGAAGCAAAAUUUUCCAUGCCAGAAUCCAAUACAACAGCAAUACUAUUCACUACACAUUAACUGCGGCGGCCAAGAAACAACUACCAACGAUAAGACAAAAUUCGAAGCUGAUUUAGAAGCCAGAGGUGCAACAACGUUUUAUUCGAGGGAGAAUUGGGCUCUUAGCAGCACAGGGGAUUUCAUGGACGACGCUUUUGAAUCCGAUACAUACAUUAUGGCCACCAAUAGUUAUGCUCUACAUAAUUUAACCGGCCCUGUAUCAGAGCUCUAUAGCACAGCUCGUGUGUCUCCUCUCUCUCUCACCUACUACGGUCUUUGCCUCAUGAACGGAAACUACACGGUGAAACUUCACUUUGCUGAAAUUGUGUUCACAAACGACAGUACAUUUACCAGCCUUGGCAGGCGAUUCUUUGAUGUCUAUUUGCAGGAAAACUUGGUGUUGAAGGAUUUCAACAUUGCAGCUGAUGCCGGUGGGACUGGAAAACCCAUUAUAAAGACUUUCACUGCAGUAGUUAAAAACAAUACGCUGAAGAUCCAUCUGUACUGGGCCGGAAAAGGAACCCAAGGCAUCCCAGACAGAGGAAAUUACGGUCCUCUGAUAUCAGCUAUAUCAGUAGAUCCUGAUUUCAGGCCUCCUGUUCGCCACAAGAAAGUUAGCUCGGUUAUGAUGGGUGGGAUGAUAGCUGUAGCAGUUUCCCUUCUACUUCUCGUUGUCGUGAUCUUGCAUAAGAAAUGCUUCCUUGGAAGAAAAAUCUCUACUUAUAAAGAGCUUAGAGGCAUUGAUCUACAAACAGGUCUAUUCACGUUAAGACAGAUCAAGGCUGCGACUGGGGACCUCGAUCCAGCUAACAAGAUUGGCGAGGGUGGUUUUGGUCCUGUUUACAAGGGUCUAUUAUCAGAUGGAACCAUUAUAGCGGUGAAGCAGCUCUCGUCUAAGUCUAAACAGGGAACACGCGAAUUUGUCAAUGAAAUCGGAUUGAUUACUGCAUUUCAACACCCUAACCUUGUAAAGCUCUAUGGAUGUUGUGUUGAAGGAAAUCAGUUAAUGCUGGUGUAUGAAUAUCUGGAAAAUAAUAGUCUCUCACGCGCCCUUUUCGGGAAUCAAACAACGGAAAAACUGAAGUUAGACUGGCCUCAGAGAAUGAAGAUCUGCCUCGGCAUAGCUAAGGGAUUAGCAUACCUUCACGAGGAGUCGAGGCUGAAAGUAGUCCACAGAGACAUCAAGACUAGCAACGUUCUACUUGACAAAGAUCUGAACGCAAAAAUAUCCGAUUUUGGCCUUGCAAAGCUUCAUGAGGAUGAUCACACACAUAUUAGUACAAGAGUUGCUGGAACUAUAGGGUAUAUGGCUCCAGAAUACGCAAUGCGCGGUCACCUGACAAACAAAGCAGACGUGUACAGCUUUGGCGUCGUUGCCUUAGAAAUAGCCAGCGGCAAAAGCAACACAAACUACAUGCCAAAGGAAGACUCUGUUUAUCUUCUUGACUUGGCCAAUGUUUUGCACGAGAGAGGUAGCGUGUUGGAGCUCGUUGAUCCGGAGUUGGGGCAUGACUACUCGUCCGAAGAGGCUACGGUGAUGCUGAACGUGGCCCUUAUGUGCACAAAUGCAGCCCCGAGCCUGAGGCCAACGAUGUCUGAGGUGGUGAGUAUGCUUGAAGGAAGGAGUGCUGUUCGGGGUCCAAUCUCGGAUGUCGGGUCGUCGAGUGGCGAUUCGAAGUUCCGGGCCAUAAGAAAACACUUCUGGGAGAGCCAUAGUUUGACAGCAAGUAGUGGUGUGGGUUCUGAUUCAUUCUUGGAAAAAUUAGACAGUGAAGAGAAUUAUAUUCUUCAAACAAAUGGGCAGAACAACAAUAGUUCGAAUAUUUGACCAUUUUUUUUUCGAAUAAAAUUAUGUUCAAAAUUUAUUUUACUAAA